CUUCUGUGCUCUAAGAACAUUGACUAACAAUUAGUUACACACCAUAGACGCGAUCUGUUGCGAGGGGCCUGUCAAUACAUUCGUGAUAGUGAAUAAAAAAAGGAAUAAUCGAUCAUAGUAGAAUGCCUCGAAAACGGCGAGCUUCGACAUCGUCGUUGGAGGAAUAUCCUUCAGAGGAAAAAUACAUGAAGGACGACAUGGACAGUCGCGCUCCGCGAAACGCUGCUAAUGCCCGUGAACGAGCGAGGAUGCGAAUAUUAAGCAAAGCAUUUUGUAGACUAAAAACGACAUUACCAUGGAUACCCGCCGAUAGCAAGUUGAGUAAAUUAGAUACCUUGCGUUUAGCCGCAACAUACAUUGCUCACCUAAGAGCAGUACUUCAAGAUGAUGGUGAAACUCAUACUGAAACCACGAAAUCCUUGUCGCUGGCUUUGUCAUGGCCAUUCGCUAUCCAAAGCAACAACACAACCACGCUUAUGAACAACAGUUGCAACGUGUCCUCCUCGACGUCUUCGAGUUGUAAUCAGUAUCGAGGACAGCAAGUAACUCAUGAUAUCCAAAACUUCCAUCAUUCAGGUCAUCAGGGCGUGUCCACACGCCAUAAUCAGGAGCAACAGCUCUCUUAUUACUAACAAAAAAAUUCUGACAAUCCAAU